AUGGAUGUAUUCAAAAUAGAUUUGGAACAGUCGCAUAUCCAUUCGAGUCUCGUUGAAAGCCACAACAGCACGAAUAACAGUAGCCAAACACAUAAUCUAUAUACGCCCGGCGGCAUAGCCGGUGGCGCCGACAAUCGCGAACCGCAACACACCACCCACCAACAUCACCACAACCACAACCACCAUAACCUACACCAAGUCGAACAACGUCCACAGCAACAACAGCUGCAACACCAACAGCAGCAACAACUUUAUAAUAGCAUAAAUGCGAAUGGCGACGAUUGCGACGAUGAAGACGAUCCCUUGCCCGAAGUGAGUUUUGAUGCCAAUUCCGAUUUCAAUUUGCACUUCUUCGACACGCCCGACGAUUCGUCGACGCAGGGCGCCUUCAGUGACGCUGGUUCGCUUGAAUCCGAUGCUUAUGCCACCAGUUCACCACCCACACCACCACCAACACAAUUACAUGCGCUAAGCGGUGUAGCCCUAAGUGAGGAGUCCACCGCGGUGACAGCCUCAGCGGCGGUAGCAGCAGCAGCACAAUUACACAUCGCCGAUACGAUAAAUUCCCAUUGCAAUACAAAUGCGGAAGUAAGCGAAUCGCUGAAAUUGCUGACAGAUGAUUGCACGUCCUUUUAUCAUCAACAACAAUCAACGGUCACACUAAAUGGCGGCACUCCAUCUUUAGGUAUACCGUCUAAUUGCGUCGCUUAUUUGGGCUCGACGAACAAUAACACAACAACAACUGCGCAAUCCAUCAACGGCGGUGGUAUCGCUUGCAAUACUGGCAAUUCAUCGUCAUCAGCCGCGUCCACACCGGCUUCGUCCGUUUCGUCGUCGUCCACAGCUUCGUCCACAUCGCCAAUAGCAGCGAGUAACGGCAGUGCAGCAGCCGCUACAGCCGCACAUAUCAUUGCGCUCGGCAAUGGUGGAGGUACAUUGUACUCCAACAGCGGUCUCCAUUCAUUCUGUCAAUCGCAUUCAUCGUCCUCAUCCGGCUGCUCUUCAAAUUCGUCGGCCGGCAGCAGUUGUAGCCACAACGGCAACACCAACGGCAGUGGACAACACAUUGGACGUAGUAACGGAGCCACCGUAUCAUCGUUGGUUGCUGAGCAUUGUCUUGGGGAGCGCCAUCAUACAGCAGCAACAGCAGCAGCAGCGUCAGCGUCAGCAACAAUCAACCCAGCGAACGCGUGCGUCGCAAUCACCAACUCUACAUUGGCUAAUGUAAAACACUCGCAUGAUCAGCAAUUUGCCAUAGCGGACUCCAAUUCCAACAGCGUUACGAAAUCAUUUGUGCCGUGCAAAGUUUGUGGCGACAAGGCGUCCGGCUACCAUUAUGGUGUAACCUCGUGCGAGGGUUGUAAGGGUUUCUUUCGUCGCAGCAUACAAAAACAAAUCGAAUAUCGUUGCCUGCGUGAUGGUAAAUGUCUGGUGAUACGUUUGAAUCGUAAUCGUUGCCAAUAUUGUCGCUUCAAGAAAUGCCUCUCGGCGGGCAUGAGUCGAGACUCUGUUCGUUAUGGUCGCGUACCGAAACGUUCACGUGAGCUGAAUGGCACACCUUCGUCCACGGAUGAUCCGAACGUCAUUGUGCGUGUGAAUACACCGAAUACACCGCAAACGCCACAAAUGUGUUCAGUCGCCUCGUCACCCUCCGAAUUGGGCUGUACGGGCCAAAGUAGCGUCGCCAACACAGCCAACACACCGGGACCGGGCGGUGUUGGUGGCAUGGGUGUGGGCGUCAAUAUGAGCGUCAGCGUAGGUGCCGGCGGUGCUGGCGGCAUGAUGGGACAGUGCGGCAAUGUUAGCGUCGGUGUCGGCGGUAUGAGUGUGGUCGGUAACGGUGGCAGUGUUGGUGGUGGUGGCGGCGUCGGUGGUAAUGUUGGCAUUACCAGCGUCGACAAUAACGGUUGCGGUGUUGUCGAUAUGCAAGGCCCUACCGCCGAACUAACCGUUUACGAUGUGAUUAUGUGCGUCUCACAGGCGCAUCGCAUGCACUGCUCAUACACGGAGGAGCAGACACGCGAACUGAUGCGGCGACCGGUGGCGGUGCCGCAGAAUGGAAUUGCCACUUCAGUAUCGGAGACAAUGGAAUUUCAGAAAAUUUGGCUGUGGCAACAGUAUGCGGGGCGCGUCACGCCCGGCGUGCAACGUAUCGUUGAAUUCGCGAAGCGUGUACCGGGCUUUUGUGAUUUUACACAAGACGAUCAGCUGAUACUCAUCAAAUUGGGCUUCUUCGAGGUGUGGCUCAGCCAUGUGGCACGUAUGAUCAAUGAUGCAACGUUGACAUUCGACGAUGGCACUUAUCUGACACGACAACAACUGGAAAUUCUUUAUGAUAACGACUUCGUCAUCUCGCUAGUGAAUUUCGCCAACACCCUCAACAGUUACGGCUUAAGCGAUACCGAAAUCGGUCUGUUCUCCGCCAUGGUAUUGCUCGCCUCCGAUCGUUCCGGCCUCGCUGAACCGAAAAUGAUUUCACGAUCACGCGAACGCGUCGCCGAAGCACUGCGUGUACAACUCGUCCGCUCACGUGCCGGCUCCACACAAGCGCUACAACUGAUGCCAGCACUCGAGGCUAAAAUACCCGAAUUACGCUCGUUGGGCGCCAAGCAUUUCUCACAUUUAGACUGGUUACGAAUGAAUUGGACUAAACUGCGAUUGCCACCACUCUUCGCCGAGAUAUUCGAUAUACCCAAGACAGAGGAUGAUCUGUGAAGGACGAACGAAUAGACUGUGACGCAAGAUAAUCCAAAAGGAAACGGGAAAACAUACACGAAGCGUAAUAAGGAUAAACGUUAUGAAAAUGAAAUUGCCGCAAAAGACGAAAAUACAUAAAGAACGAAGUGGAAGAGAGAAAGAGCAAAGAAAGGGACAGCAAAGUAUAAGGUUUUGUGUGUAGAGCCGCUGUGGAGCUAUGGGGGCGCAAUGGACCAAACACACAGUUUGCAAAAAGAGAUUUAUGUAUGUGAAAAUAAGAAGAAAAACAACAACAACAAAUAACGAUAUGAUUACUAUACGUUUUCUAAACCUAGCGUGAAUAGUUCUUAAGCAACAGAAAACAUAUUUACAUAUUUAAUUUAUAUAUGAUGGAACAAAGUGAAAAUUAUUAUAUGGAAAAAGUAAUAAUAAUACAAAUUGUUUAUAUAAUUUUAAAAAUUAAUCGUAGAACGAUUAGCUUAUAGGUUUUUCUGCUACUUACUAAAAAAAACAUAAAAAUAAAAAAUUAAAAAAAAAAUGUUUUGUUGUUUUAUAAGAAAUAUUUUAGCAGAAACUCUUUCAUAAUUUGUGUUUUAUAAAAAAUAGAUACCAGUUUUAGCUAUACAUACAUACAUUUAUAUACAUAAAUAAUUUUAGUAAAGUGAAAAAUCAUUAUUUACAAGCUUACUUACAUACAUACAAACAAACAUCACGUGAUCAUGCCACAGACAAAUGUAACAUUGCAAUAUCAGCAAAAAAAGCAAGAAAAAUAAAAAAUAACCUUAAAUAUUUAAAAUUUAAAUGAAAAACUCUAAGCAUUUAAGGUCAAGAAAGCAUUAUAAAUAAUAAUGAAUAUUAGAAACUUAGCUACAUGUGUAGUAAAACGCAUAAAUUCAACACUGACAAAACAUAACUAAAUAAUGGAAAUUUAGCCGUGAACAAAUAAAAUAAGCAUUCAUACAUAUAUGCAAAAACUCAUUAAAAAAACACUAAAUUCGAAAAUCUAAAAAAAAAAUAAGAAGAGCGCUAAAUAAAUAAAAAAACGUAUUUAUUUGACAAAAAAAUUAAACACGCUGAGAGGAAUAAAUUUAUCGAAUGUUACGCAAUAUUUUUGUUUUAAACAUUUGUUGCUGCAUACACAUGUACAUAUGUAUAUCAUGCUGGCAGUUUAUAUGAAUAAAUUCAAAAAUUGUACACUAGCUAACAAAUAAUUUUAAAAUUUGUUAUUUGCUCUUGAACUUUUGUAAAAAGUGGAGAAAACAUUUUCAUUUUUAAUGUAACAUGAAGAUAUUUUUUAUCAUUGAUACACUUGCCUAGCAGUUAAUUUUACUUAAAAUCGUCACAUACGAUCGUAAAUUAAAGAACAAAACAACAACUAUAAAUCUCAAUUGUUAAAACUGUUACACUUUAAACAUACAUGCAUACAUCUAUAAUAUAUGUAGCAUUAGCGAGUAUAUUAGCAAACUUAGCGCCCAUCUCAACUCUAACGAAAAAAUAAAUAAAUAUUGAAAAGCAAAAAACAAAACACUACGCGAACAAAAAUAAAUAACGAAACAAAUGUAAAUAAGUGCACGAAUAAUUAACGUAGUAGAAAUAAAUUACAUAAUGCCACAACACGAAUUCCUGCGCAUAAAACUCCGCUCAUAAAAAUAAACCACAACUGCUUACAAGAUUAUAUGGCACAUACUCGUAUGAAAACAUUAGUGGUAGCAAUAACAAAUACACAUAUUUUAUACCAGCCACUUGCGUUUCGCGCGAGCGUUUUCAAUUUCAAAAUAUUAUUUUCAUUAACGUUAAAGCUACAAGAUUUUAAUUAGCACUAAAUAAAAAUUCACUAUGUACACUCAAAGUCAUAUAUAGAGUUAUACGAGUAUAUAUAAUCCAAUAGAAUUUCUUGACAAAUCAUACACUAAGUAACAGCGUCGUCUGCCUUCAUUACUCACAAACUCGUAAAAAAUAUUUAUUUCAUUGCGUCUCAUUAAAAAUGUUGUCAAAAUUGUAGACCUAAAUGUAUUUUCAUUGAACACUUUAUAAUGAACUUAAGGUUUCACCUCAACUGCAACAUAAUUUUCACUUUUUUUGUUGCAUACAACACUAACAUGCAUAUGAACAUUUGAGUUGAGGUUCUCCUUUCGACAUCUUCCAAUUCAUGAAUGCGUUGACUUUCAUAACUGACCUAGCCUUAAUAAUAAUGUACAUAUAUAAUGUUUAAAAUAAAUAUAUUAAUCUAUAAAUGUGUGUGUUAAUCAGCACAUAAACGUAUUUCACUCAUUAAAUAUACAUACAUACGUGCAUACAUGUAUAAAUAUAUGACCAUUUUAUAAAUCAGCAAUAUGCAUAAAUAUGUUCAUCUGCAGUAAAUAUAUACAUAUAUCAUAUAUCAUUUUCGUCCUUCUCAUUUAAAUGUUUUUAAACUAUAAGUGCCCUGUAGUUUUUGUUUGUUUAUUUUUUUUUUUUUUGUUUUAUAGAAAUAUUUAAGCAUAAUUUUAAUGAAUUCUACAUUAAGGCCUGAGUAUAUGUAUAUGUAAGUGGCAAUCACAGCAACAACACUGCGCAUUAAUUAUUAUUUUGUUUGUAUUAAAUAUUUUUUUAUACAUUAUAUGAAAAGAAAAAUGAGAAACACAACAAACUACGUUAAUUCUAUGUUUUACUUUUGCAAUUUUAAAUAGUUAAAAGUGAAUACAAGCAAACGACUACAAAACAUUAUUAGUUAUGUAGAUAUACAUUUUUUUCUAAAUAAAACUUAAACUUUUAUUACACAAAAACCAUCACUUCGUUCUGUUUUAUUUUCAAUAUUAAACGUUGUAAUUAAUUUGUUGCAAGAUCAUUUCAUUUGAAUUGGUAUUUUUAUGUCACUCGGCAGGUGUAAUUAUUUAAAGCUUAUUUUAAAUAUUGGCUGCGCGAAAAUCAAAAUCAACUUAAACGCAAGAAAAUAUAUUCAUUAUAUAGAUUAAUUUUUGUUUGAUUAAUAUAUUAUAGAUGCCUGCAAAGGAUCAGUUUUCUACAAGCCAACUGUGGCAAUGUGACUCUUAAAUAUUCUUGCGAAACUGCAGGUAUCCCUACGCAGCAGAUGAUUCAGCAAUUAACAGAGCAUGUUUAAUAGCUUUUUGUUUUUUACAAUAUACAAUGCAUUGUAAAUUUGAAAAUUUUCUGUAAAUAAUAAAAAUGCCAAGAGCUACAAAAAAUAAAUUCAACUUAACUGUCACAAAAGCUAACUCAAACAGCUGUGUAUAAACCUUCAUUGUCAGUUACGCGUUGCCAAAAUGUUGCAAAAAUUGUGCAUCCGUCUACACAGAUAGUUUGUCUCGUCAAUUAAAAUUCUCGUCUUGUUCACUGAAAAUUUACAAAUAAAACUAUUUGUUGUUGCACUACCAAUAAAAUAAUGCAAAUUCGAAAAUGAAAAGUAAUUCAACUUUAUUUUCAUAUUAACGCAUUUCCCUGCAGCAAAGCACUGGCAUGUAAACUUCGUAUUAUCAUGAGCAAUUAGUUGGCAAAGCCAAAUGCAACUUUGAAGGAAGCCGUUAGUUUUCUUUAAUGUACUUGACAAAGUGGAAAAAUUUGCAAAUUAUUCAGGUGCUUAAGUUGGAAAUCAUUUAAUGUUAUAUUUAACAAAAUUCAUUAGUGCAAAUUGUUAUAAGAUGUUUUUAAUCGCUGUUGUUACAAAAACAACUCGUUUGGUGCAAAAUAUUGUUUUUCUGGUGCUCUAUUUUUUGUGUAUUAAAGUGUGUGAGGCACGCUUCCCAAAAUUUCGCACCACAGCGCGGAAUAACCUAAAAAGUGUUGAAAGUUGUGUCACUUCAGUCAUAAUAUACUAAAAAGUAUAUUAAAAUAUUACAAAUUGUUAUAAGGAGUGAAUUGAGUGUAGUUCACUAUUACCUUAUAUAUACCUGAUAAAGCCUCAUUACCGGAAAAAGUCUUUAGCGGAUCCGCUGCGCAAUUUUAUUAUUAGAGUUCCGGUUGUGUGCUGUGGUGUUUUUUUUUAAUAUUUUUCAGAUAUAUACAUCUACAUAGAGACAUAAAAUCGGUUAAAAUUGAAGCAAAUGUAAGUAAAUUUGUGUCUAUUCAUUUAUAUAUUACAUUUAUAUUCAUUCGCACUAAAUAAUAUUGAAGCGCAUACAUUUCUUAUCCUCGAGACGAUGAUCUAGCAGUUUUUAAGCAUUUCCCUUAAUAUAUAUAUGACACUCUAAACAACAAAUUAUGAAACCGAAAUUAGUACACUUCCAUUCCUUAUCAUCCCUUAAUAAUCUUGUUUUUCAUAGUUAGUUGAGUCAUGAAGAUUAAAAAGAUUUCCCUCUUUUAACAUCUCUAAGACCAGGUAAAUUAAGCGAACCCACAUCUGUAGGUUUAUAGACUCAUUAUAGAAUUUCAUCAUCAGCUGCAAUUCCGUAAGAUAAUCAAAUGUAAACUGUGUAAAAAUCCAUUAUAAGUAACCUAAUCACUUGGUAGUAAAUAACUUUCUGCCUUUCAUUUUGCCUUUAUUCAGAGUAAAUCAUAAAGUACAAUUUGCUAUAUGUGUAUGUGUUUAAAUCGUAAAUUUUUAGAUAAAACCUUUGCAUUAGCAGUAUGAAAAAAUUAAGUGACAGACUAAGUAGUUUUAUAUAAGAAUUUAUUUCUAAAUAUUUAAAAGUAUCGCAAAUUAAAAUUACUUUAAGAUAAAAUUAACGUUUAGGUCAAACACAUUAAAUAUAAAAACAGGGAGUGUACCUAGGUACAUACAUUUGUAGGAGCCAUAUAGCUUUUAAAUAUUUAUUAAUGUCACAAGUAAGGCAUGACUUGCAUAUACUGAGUAGGCUGCUGUAUUAAAAAUUCGAUUGCCAUCCAUUUUGUUUUAGUUUUAUGUUUUAAACAUAUAAUACAAAAUAAA